AUGAAAACCAAGAAAACCUUCGUGCUAGUCAUCGGGGGGGGUCCCACGGGGAUCACGACGGGGAUGUACCUGCAGAAGCACAGAAUACCACACAUACUAAUUGAGAGAGAUAAACACAUCGAGAAGGUGCCCAAAGCGCACUAUUACAACAACCAAACGAUGGAAGCAUGGAGAGGCAUCUUCCAUCUAGAUAAGUGUUUCCUAAACGAAACGGAAGACGUGAAUUUGUGGAAAACCUUUCAAUAUGGAUUAAGUCUGAAGAAAGACAAAACGUUGUGCAAAUAUGACAACUUUAGGGAUAAGUACCUCUACAGGAAUACGUACUAUGAGGACAUUAGCCCCUCCAAGGUCACCCACUUGUCUCAGUACAAACUGUUGGGCAUCCUCUACAGCUACUAUCUCAGCCUCAUCAAAUGUGACCCCCGGGAGAAGCGGGCAUUUUUAAAAAACAUAAGGCUGAAGUUGUCCACCCACCGAAUGUUGAGGUACAUUUGUCGCAACACUCGCUUGGGAGAAGAGACACACCAAGCGGUAGGCGCGGAUGAAGCGACGAAUAAGGGAGCACCUGAGGGAACGGAUAAAGGGACAGAUGAAGCCACAGCUAAAGCAAAGGAUAGAGGGACAGAUAAAGCCGCAGCUAAGGCAAAGGAUAAAGGGACAGAUAAAGCCGCAGCUGAAGGAAGGGAUAAAGACACAACGGAAGAAGCAAUUGAGAAAAAUUAUCUCUCCUACGAUACAUCCGAAUUCCUGAUAGGAUACGAAUUUGUCAAUUUCAGGAACAUCCCAGAGGGAGGGAAUUCUUGCCAUCUCGGGGUGAACAACGAUAUGGGGAAUAAUUACCCUGGAGUCGACUGGGGCACUCCACGAAAUGGGUCCCUCCCCGAUGGUGUCUCCCCACAGGGCGUUCUGACUCGGGUUAGGAAUCUGCACAACAAUGAAGAAGAAGUGAUCCUAAGUAACUACGUUUUCGUGUGCGAGGGGGGAAAAAGCGGAAUAAAGAAGAGCCUAAAGAUAAAUGACGAAAAUAGGAAGGACUACAUGAAGUUUAUAAACAUCCAUUUUCAAUCUUCACGUCUCAUCGAUAUAGUAAAGUGCAACCCAUCGAUGCUGUAUUUCUUAUUUAGCAAAUACAUAGGGGUGUUAGUUUCUCACAAUUACGAACAGGGAGACUUCGUUUUGCACAUUCCGUACAUAACCGAGAGGGAAGCAGAAAUGUAUAGCCAAAGAAGUAAGUGUCUAGAAAUAAUAAACAAGCUGACUGGUUUCGAGCUGCCCGAUAUGUGUAUUCAUAAUGUCUAUAAAUGGACCAUGCAUAGCUCGAUUGCCUCCACAUUUAUCGACAAAAAGACCAAGAGGAUUAUCUUGUUGGGGGAUGCGGCUCACAAAUUGCCUCCCUCAGGAGGAUUUGGCUUAAACUUAGGAAUUGGCGAUGUGAUAAACAUAGUGUGGAAAACUAUUCGAAUUUAUAAGUUAAAAGAGAAAAAAAUUAUGGACAGGAUAAGGAAGGCGGCCGAGUUCAAUAGUGCCCACCGAGACGCUCCCCCCGAAUCGGAUGCGGAGUCUUCCCUACUUCUCGGAGGUAACAAAUUAACUCUCCCUUUUAACAUGUUGAACAGAGUGGAAAAAAAACAAAUAGAGAAUUACAUCGAGUCAUAUAAUAUUGAGAGGAAGUUGGUGGCCAAUUUCACCAUACACCACGCUGUUAGAAAUUACAAAAAAGGAAAUAACGUAUCAGGUUUGCUAGGAUAUAAUCACAACUUUUUUCUAAGCUAUGUGACCUCCUGUCGGGUUAGCUCCAUUCAGAGGUCGCUCUUGUUUUAUUACGUACUUAGAAAUGCUAAAGGACUCUUAACAUUUAUUAACAACCUUCCCUACGUUUUCGAAUUCAAUCGAGAACGAGCAGAAUAUUUUGUUCAAAAUGAGCGGAAGAAUAUUCUCUCUUUGCUGUACCCUGGUGUGGACUUCGGCUAUUCUUACUUAGAUACCAUGUGUGAUGUUGGAGAGGUGGAAAAAGAACCCUUCUCCGAUUUGGCCCCCCAGGGGAAGAGGCUCCAGUUGGAUAAGGACGGCAAAAAUGAGGGGGACACACAUGGUGCCGCAGGCAAUCCCAGAGAACGCGGCGAACUUGGCGAACUUGGCAAACGUGAAGAGAGUAGCCAACGUGAAGGGAGUGCGCAACCGGACGAUGGGCAGCACCACAAUCAGCCGCACAACAGUGGCUCGUGUGGCGCCCCCCCAAAGUACAAUAUUUUCGAAGAGAAGAAUGAAAAGGUACCCAGGUUGAAAAUAUGCAAAAAUAUAUACGACCACCAAAUGAGCAACGUGGUGGGGGCUAAAAUCCCCCAUUUUAAUCUGUAUACAUUUGACGCAAAAUUUAUUUACAAAAUAUCGACAGUGGAUCUACCCAUAUUUAACAACCCCUCCUUAUCCAUUCUAAUCAUCCUAUUUAAUGAUACCACCUUAAAUGGCAUGGCCCACUUUUUGGACGAACAUAAUAUGCCAAGGGAUAAAUUCUCCUUCUGCUUAUGGGACUGCAACGUUGUGGUAAGCAAAAAUGCGGAGGACCAAUCCGUUCGAAUUUUAAAACCGAACGAUGCUGCGAUGGUAGAUAAUGAUCACUCAACUGAAAUGAGUGUACCUUUAAGUGACUAUGCGCUUUUUCCAAAGUGCGAUCCUCAUUUUGUGGGAGACGCCAGAAAUGUGCAGAAUAUACACAUGGAGGUGAAGGGAUACAACGUGAGCUACGUGUUCACGGCGGAAAUAAUACGGGACCUGUUUUUUGAUACCCUCACGUUGAAGUCGGAUAAUUCAUUCGUAAUUUUAAGACCCGACCGGCAUAUCAUAUCGGUUGGGGAAGGCAACUGGGCGGAUCACCUACAGGAUGUGAACGAGGUGUACAUUUGA